UCAGGUUACUUUCUGACUUUCUUGGAACCAGUAAACAAUAUCACCAUAGUCCAGGGGCAGACAGCAAUCCUCCACUGCAAGGUAGCAGGAAAUCCAUCUCCAAAUGUCAGAUGGCUAAAAAAUGAUGCUCCAGUGGUUCAGGAGCCAAGGCGUAUCAUCAUAAGAAAAACAGAUUAUGGUUCGCGUCUGAGAAUCCAAGAUCUUGACACGACAGACACAGGAUACUACCAGUGUGUGGCUUCUAAUGGGAUGAAGACAAUAACAGCAACGGGAGUAUUGUUUGUGAGGCUUGGUCCAACAAACAGCCCAAAUCACAAUCUUCAGUCAGCUCAUAACCCAAGAAAAAAGAAAUGGGGAUUAUUGAAAUACUUAGAUGCUUGGAAGGGCAUUCUCCUGGGGAAGCUGGCUGCCUGUGGUCUAGACAGGUACAUUCUCUGCUGCUGGGUGAAGAACUGGCUGGAGGGCUUGGUCCAGAGUGUGGUGUUGAAUGGCAUUAAAUUCAGCUGGCGACUGGUUGAUAUGUUGAUCAUAUCUUUAUUGAUUAUUUGGAUGAAGGAAUUGAGUGCACCGUCACGAGUCGAGGGCCGCCCCGCCUCCGAGGAGCCCACCCCUCCAGCCGCUGCCGCGGGAGGUGCUCCCCCAGCAGAGGGUGCCGGAGGGCCGGACCGCCACCCCUCGGUGCCUCUCCCCUCCCCUUCCCUCCCCUGUGUCGGAUUUGUCCCCGGUGACGUUGGGAUGCUGGGGAAGGCGGAGGAGGAGGAGGGGAAAGGAGUGCGGUUUCCCCCGCCCCCCAGUCAGAGAGAGUCCGUUAGCAGGAGAACCGAGCUGGGGUGGCGGUGCCAGGCCGGCAGCAUACGCCGCACCUCCCCGCUUGGGGAGCCGGGGCCAACCGCACCGCUCCUCGCCGCACCGCAUCGCUCCUCACCGCACUACGCCGCGCCGCUUCGCCCGCAGGCACCAGCAGUGAUCGCAGAAUGGUCCCUGCGGCUGCUCUACGUCUCCUGGCCCUGCUGGCCGCCGCAGUGCUCCUCCGCCUCCGCGCCGCAGUUUGCCAAACCCUUUCUAACAGAUCAUCAGUGCUACAACGGUUCUGGAGCAGAUUAUAGAGGAACAGUCAGCGUCACCAAAUCUGGCCACAUUUGUCAGCACUGGGACUCCCAGAGUCCCCACAACCAUGACCUAACAAGCACACAGUUUCCAGAGCUAGGUGGAGGACACGCGUAUUGCCGGAAUCCUGGGGGUCAGAUGGAUGGGCCUUGGUGUUUUACAAAGAAUAAAAACGUACGCAUGGAACUGUGUGACAUACCUUCUUGUAGUCCACGUGACAACAGCAAAAUGGGAAUCCUGUACAUCUUGGUUCCCAGCAUAGCAAUUCCUUUGGUCAUUGCCUGCCUUUUCUUUCUGGUCUGUAUGUGCAGAAACAAGCAGAAAGCAUCUGCCACCACACCACAGCGUCGCCAGCUGAUGGCAUCUCCCAGCCAGGACAUGGAAAUGCCACUCAUUAAUCAACACAAACAGGCUAAACUUAAAGAAAUCAAUCUGUCUACUGUGCGAUUUAUGGAGGAACUAGGAGAGGAGAGAUUUGGCAAAGUCUACAAAGGGCAUCUUUUUGGUACUGCACCAGGUGAACAGACACAAGCUGUUGCUAUCAAGACACUGAAAGACAAAGCAGAAUUAUCUCUUCGGGAAGAAUUUAAACACGAGGCAAUGAUGAGAGCACGAUUACAGCAUCCAAACAUUGUUUGUUUGCUGGGAAUAGUGACAAAGGAACAACCCAUCAGCAUGAUUUUCAGUUAUUGUUCCCACAGUGAUCUCCAUGAGUUUUUGGUGAUGAGAUCUCCUCAUUCAGAUGUUGGCAGCACUGAUGAUGACAAGACAGUAAAAUCCACUCUGGAACCAGCAGACUUCUUCCACAUUGUCACUCAGAUAGCUGCAGGAAUGGAAUACCUUUCAAGCCACCAUGUUGUUCACAAGGACUUGGCUACAAGAAAUAUAUUAGUGUUUGAUAAACUGAAUGUAAAAAUAUCUGAUUUAGGCCUUUUCAGGGAAGUUUAUGCUGCUGAUUACUACAAACUGAUGGGAAAUUCUCUUCUUCCUAUCCGUUGGAUGUCCCCUGAGGCUAUUAUGUAUGGCAAGUUUUCUAUUGAUUCAGAUAUUUGGUCAUAUGGAGUUGUGUUGUGGGAAGUUUUCAGCUAUGGCCUGCAGCCUUACUGUGGUUAUUCUAACCAGGAUGUCAUUGAGAUGAUCAGAAACCGACAGGUUUUGCCAUGUCCUGAUGACUGCCCCACAUGGAUAUACACUUUGAUGUUGGAGUGCUGGAAUGAAUUUCCCAACAGAAGACCAAGAUUUAAAGAUAUACACAACAGACUAAGAACAUGGGGAAACCUUUCUAAUUAUAACAGCUCAGCACAAACUUCUGGAGCAAGCAACACCACACAAACAAGUUCCCUUAGCACAAGCCCUGUUAGUAAUGUCAGCAAUGCUAGGUACAUAGGACCAAAGCAGAAAACUCCAGCUUUUCCUCAACCUCAGUUCAUACAAAUGAAAGGGCAGAUGAGACCAAUGGUCCCACCUCCUCAACUCUAUAUUCCAGUCAAUGGUUACCAGCCAAUGCCUGCUUAUGGGGCUUACUUGCCAAAUUUUUAUUCUGUUCAAAUUCCAAUGCAAAUGGCUCCUCAGCAAAUACCCCCCCAGAUCAUUCCCAAACCAGGCUCCCACCACAGUGGGAGUGGAUCCACCAGCACAGGCUAUGUAACAACAGCUCCUUCCAACGCAUCAGUGGCUGACAGGGCAGCUCUACUCUCAGAGGGCACAGAUGACACAAACAAUGGAACAGAAGACAUUGCCCAGAAUCCUGUACAGGAGGAGGAGGAAGAGGAGGGAUCUGUGCCAGAAACAGAAUUGCUGGGUGAUAAUGACACACUUCAGAUGGAUGAAGCAGAAAUUCAGUCAGAAGCUUAAGAAAUUUGGCCUUUUUAUUGAGAAUUUCACUUCACUUCUGUGCUUGGCCACAGUAGAUCCUUAAGCUUAACAUCAGAGAUUUUGAUAUGAAAAAAAGCACAACCAAAAAUAUAUAUACCAAUAUUAAUUGCAGCAAUAAUAACAUACUGAAUUUAUUGACCAUUAUCACUGUCAGCAUUUUGCAAAGUUGGUGGUACAGAAUUGCUGGCUUUCAUCUUUUUUACAGUACUACAGUUCUUGAGGGAAAAUGCUUUUCAGUAAUGUACUGUUGCUGUGCAACGUAUUGCAGAGUAACAUUGCACAUCAUGAUAUGUGAGUGUAGUGUUAGUGAAUUAUGCUUAAAUCAUUAACACAAGGAAGGAAUCCAGCUACAGUUGCUCUCAGCAUAAAGAAGUGCCCUGGUUGUGAUGGACAGCUUAGUUUAUACUAUUUAUCUUUUGAUAUAAUGGACACAAGAUUGUUGUUUGCUUUUCAAAUCUGGGGGGGAAAAACAAAAACAAAAACAAAAAAGCAAGUUGAGAGUAUGGAUCCAUAGUUGUAUAAAGUAACCAGAAAAGUAGAGAAACAAUGUAAAAUAGGCUGUGCUGAGUGAGACCCUGGGUCUGCCUAGCCCAGUAGCAUGUCUCCAAAGAGAGUAGUUUCUGCCUGGGGAAGAGUACAAGGACAAUCGUAUCAUUUCCCAAAGUGUUUUCACAAGCACCAGCAACUUGUGGCUUAGGAAAUUCCCAAGCCAGAGGUGGAAUUUUUUUUUUUAAUAACCUUUGAUGGAAUUUUCUUCCAUGAGUUUAUACAAGUAAUUUUGAACCCACAUAAACUUAGAGCAUCCACAACAUCCUGUGGAAUAACAUGAGAGGAGAGAGGAUGUCUUUCUUUCAUCAUUCCCUAUGAAUGACUGUGACAGAGGCUUCCAAAUGAGAUCAUCUGAUUGUAUUUGUGGAUGGAAGUAUUCCUUCUCUGCUGUGUAUUUUCAGCAGCAAGCAGCCUUAAUACACUGUUAACCAAAAAUGGGGAUAUUGUAGGUGUGCACUAACUUAACAAUCCAACUUUAAUUGCAUAUUUGUUGUCAAGUAUAGGAAAAGACUCCACAUACAUGUUCCUACAUUGUAAAAAUGUUGGGUUUUGUGGGGGGUUAUAAACUCACUUGAUCUACUGCAAUUACUGCUGGAUUGCAUGUGAAAACAUGUUUUUCGUUCCUGCCGGUUUAGUGAAAACAAUUCUUUGAACUUUAGAAGACCAAAAUAAGCAAAGUUGUACAGAGUGCUGGUUUUGUCUUCUGUUUGCAGGAUGGAUCAUGUACAGACCUUUAAAUGUAAUUUAUGUUUUACUACAUUUUUUACUACACUUUUUUUUCUUUGAAAUAUUUGGAUUUUUUUGAACAAAUGACUUCAUAGCUUAACCAUUUACAAUAUUCAUAUGUGGUGCAGUUUUAUCAUAUUGCUGGUUCAUUUUGUUAAAUGUGCAGACAGGUCCAUACAUUUCACUACUCUUUCUGUAUUACAAACAAUACACACUUGUAGAAUUGUAGCCAAUACACACUUAGCUAUAAAUUGUACAUCCAGCACAUGGAAUUUCCAAUAAAGUAAUGCAAAAAGUAUGAUAAAGUAUGUUAUCUUUAUAGUUCCUACAGCCAUUGUUUUGUUGUUUCAGUACUUGUGGAAAUAGAAAUGGCCACAGUUGCUUAGAUUACAGGUUUCAUACCCAAACUAUGAUUGUUUUGUGUGUACUUUUUUUUCUUUUUUUCCUUUUUUUUUUUUAAUUACAUGGGGAUACAUUUUAAGUGGUGUAUCAUUUUGAUCUACACUCUGUGUUCAUGAUAUGGCAGCAUUACUUGUUUCCAGCAUUUCACCUGGAUUUGGAAAUGCACUGGUAGGAGUAAAAUAUGAAAACUUUAUUGCUUGUGUUAAUAUAAUGCAGCUUUGGGUGCUAUUAAUAAAUAAAGAAU